CUCAGGCAUACAUUGUAAUAUAUCAAAAAACGCACUCAAACGAAAUUUAAGACGUUUUGUGUUUCAUAAACAACUGAAAAAUAAAUUUAAUACCAACUUUAUUAAGUGAAACUUGAGUAUGUUUUGCUGUGUCUUAUAUUAGGUCAGCUACAGCACGUUCGUAGUGUUGAAUUCCAGGUUGUGAACAAGGAUGACCAGACGUAUGUCUCAGGGGAUUUUUGUUGUUCUCGAAGGAGCAGAUCGGGUAGGAAAAACAACACAAGCAUCACUUCUAGCUAAAGCUUUGUCGGAAAUCACACAAAGAGAAACUCUGUCUGUCAAAUUCCCGGAUCGUGAUACUCCUCUGGGACAUCACCUAGACUCGUAUUUAAGUGGGAAUGGUGAUAUUAAUAAACACGCAUUACACUUAUUGUUCACUGCGAAUAGAUGGGAAAGGCAAGCUGAAAUUCGGAAAGCCAUUUCAAAUGGAAUACCUGUUGUAGCAGACAGAUAUAUAUAUUCUGGGAUCGCUUACACAGCUGCUAAAGCUCCACCAACGCCAAACUGGGAAUGGUGUUGGGAAAUGGAAAAAGGUCUUGUAGAACCGGAUUUGAUAAUAUGUUUAACACCAGGAAAUCUAGACGAAUUGAGUUCUAGGAAUGGUUAUGGAGAAGAGCGGUAUGAGAAUGAUGAUUUUCAAAAGCGUGUUCUGGAGAAUUAUGUCCGGAUUUCCAAAGAUGUUGAAUUAGAUAAUAAAGAUAAUGAUAACGAAACUGAUUCGGUUGGACUUUGGCAUUUCAUUCAAGCAACAGAUAAAACUGUCGAAGAAGUGCAUAAAUGUAUUAUGGUACUUGUUAAAUCUAAAUUGGAAUCGAUUAUUGGCCCAGAAAUUCAUGAAUGUACAAAUAAAAAAGAUUAAUAAAUUCUGUCAUUAUGAAUAAAAAAAUUUUAUUUGA